UUUUAAACUAAUUUUAUCAAAGCCAUUUAAAUUUAUUUCAACAUUCUCUGUAAUUAAUUGCAAUGCCACUAGAGGAGCUAGUGAUCUCUGUUUACAAUUUCAAUUCGGGUUAACUUUUAAUAUUUACACAAGUAUUAUGUCGAGUAUUGGUUAUUGGAUGUACUAAUUAUUUGUACAACACAAUUAAAUGUUGUAAUAAAUAUUAACAAUGUCAGCACGAAUAAAAAAAAAUUCGCGAAAAAGAAACCUGGAUGAGUCACCACAUGUCAACAAUUCAAAACGUCGAAAAGUAAACAAAGAAAAUAAGUCACCAAAUGAGUUGACAGUAAAUAAUAAUACCACAGGAAACAAAACCAAGAGGUGUGAAAUAUGUAAUCAACAAUUAAACAAAUUAAAAUUACUCGGUCCGCUUCCUGAGAAUGCUGUCGAUGAGGUUGUCGCACUGGCUGACACCAAGUUGUCUCUUGAAACUGAUAUAGGUUUGUUAGAGGAUUUUAGGCCUACUUAUAGACUAAUGAAUUUUAGCGUUUAUGACGUCAAUGAUCACUUAUGUCGAUUCGAUACCGGAUUGAUAGAAUCAAAUGUAUAUCUAUUCUGCUGUGGAUUAAUAUUGCCGAUCCACGACAAAGAUUCAGAGAGCAUUCCAGGUAUUUGGACGCAAAAAAUAGGACCCAUAAAUGAAUGGUACACUUCUGGAUACGACGGUGGUCCAAAUCAGCCGAUUUUAAUCAGUACACCUUAUGCUGAGUAUUACUUAAUGUCUCCAGCAGAGUCGUAUAAAUCUUUCAUGGAUCCAGUAAUUGAAAAAAUUUAUUUGAGUAAAGUUGUCAUCGAAUUUCUUGCUUCGAGAGAUGAUGACCCGACGUACGAAGAUCUUCUAGAUCACCUACAAACUGUUGAGUUGCCUGACGGACUAGUUCUUGCUGAAGAAUCAUUGUUAAAAAACGCGCAAUUUGUCUGUGAUCAAGUGACAUCAUUCGACGUCAGCGCAACUGAAGAAGAGAGUGAUUUUCCACUGCUCACUACCUCUUGCAUGCGUUCAAUCAUCAAACUUACAGGUGCAACGGUAGGCAAUGACAUAAAACAACCCAAAAACAAUGAAAUAUCUCCAGUGAAAAAAAAAGCAAUGCCCAAAAUGAUUCUCACGAAGCUAGUCUACCAAAUAGUCAAUAAAUUUUUCUCCAAAGAGACUGACAGUAAGGAACUUUUCACCACGAGACAAUUGAUGAAUUGUGGAACGUGUACUGAAUGCUUGAAACCUGGAUGCGGUCGCUGCGCAGCUUGUAAGAAAAAUAAAAGCUCGAAAAAGAAAAAUUCUGUUUGUGUAAAGCGAAGAUGCCCGAACAAAGCCAUCGAAGCUGCUGACUCGGACACUGAGUCGCUAAGUGACAAGAAUAAGUCUCUGAAGAAGAUUGAAAGCAUUCCCGAGAUUCUGAAAAAGAUGAAAAUCUUUUCUAGAAAAGUUAAGUGGAUAAGCUCCUCAAUCAGCAGUAAAAAUAAUCGUUAUUAUUACAGUAAAGCUCAGGUUAACUCUGUGACAAUAACUGUUAAUGAUUUUGUUAAAAUAAAAUCAAAUAAUCCAAGAUUUGAGCUGAUUGUUAAAAUUGUCACGAUGUGGGAGGAAAAUAAUGAACAGAAAGCUCACGUUAAUUGUUUUUUUAACAGCAGAGACACUGUUUUAGGUAAUAUUGGCGAUAGUCGAGAACUUUUUGCCAGCAACCAAUGCGCAGAUAUUUUUUUAAAGUGUGUAGAUAGUCUUGUUAAAGUAAUAAAACGCAAUGUUCCAGUGAAGUGGUCAGAGCUGGGAGAUACCGAGCAAAGCGUUAAAGAAAUAAAGAAAAAUUCUAAUGAGUAUUAUUACCAAAUGCAUUACACUCCAGAGACUGCGAGGUUUGAGUAUCUGGAUUUGGAUCUCAGUGUAAAGUCUCAGGACUCGUGUCCUGUUUGUUUGAAUAAAGCUCAAAUUCAGGAAGCUGAGAAACCUCAGCUUGGUGAGCCGAUUGUUUUGGAUAGUCGAACAUCUUACGGUGUGCUUUUGUAUAAAAACGAGGAGUAUCGAGCACGAACUGGUGUGUACAUAAACCCGGGGGUCGUUAAAUUUAAGUACAAAUUUUCAGUACCUGUUCCUGAGAAACUGAAACAAGUCGACGAAGAGUUGUACCCUGAGUACUACAGAAAAUACGCUACUGGAGAUCAUGUAAAAGGUUCUAACUACGAUACGCCUGAUCCUUUCGCAAUAGGAUGUAUUAAAACUAUUUUUACGACGUCUAAAGACAAUCCUGGGUUGGAAGAUAUUUUUUUGGUUGUUAAUAAGAUGUAUAGAAGCGAAAACACGCACAAGAGUUCGCUGAUUCCUUCUGCGGAUAUUACUCUGCUGUUUUGGAGUAAUGAAGAGAUAGAAAUUCCUCUUGCAGAAGUGAUGGGCAAGUGUAAAAUAUUCCUAAAAUCAGAAGAUGAUUUUAAUUUCGCUAAUCAAUUUUAUGUUUCCUCAACUUACAACGCUGAGGAAGAAUCUUUCGAAGCUCUUUCGGAAGAUAUUAAGAGCUCGUUGGAAAAUCUUUCUCUGGAUAAGGAAAAAAAAGUAAAGCCUCUGAAGACUCUAGAUAUAUUUUCCGGGUGUGGAGGAUUGUCUCAAGGUCUGUCAGACGCUGGAGUUGCCGACGUGCGAUGGGCGAUAGAAAAAGACCAAGCAGCUGCUAGGGCUUUUGUAAAAAAUCACUCUAAUGUUAAAAUGUACGAGGGAGAUUGCAAUGUUUUGCUAGAUUCUAUAAUGCGAAAGGAAAAAGCGAGUUUUCCACAAAAAGGCGACAUUGAAUUACUGUGCGGAGGACCACCUUGCCAAGGUUUCAGCGGAUUAAACCGCUUUAACGCUAGUCAGUAUUCAAAUUUAAAGAACGCGUUGCUCUUUACAUUUUUGUCUUACUGCGACUAUUACAGGCCCAAGUACAUCGUGAUGGAGAAUGUAAAGAAUUUCGUCUUUCACCACAAAGGUCUGAUGUUGAAGCUAGCGAUGUACUGCUUCCUGCAAAUCGGCUAUCAAUGCACAUUCGCGAUUCUUCAAGCAGGUAAUUUUGGAGUUCCUCAGUCGCGCAGGAGAAUAAUUCUUCUUGCAGCAGCGCCUGGGAAAAAAUUACCCGCAUAUCCGGAGCCUCUACACGUCUUCAGCAAACGCGCUUGGCAGCUGGAUGUUGUCAUUGAUGGAACGAAGUACUCUGGCAAUUUUUCGUGGAAAGAGUCGGCUCCUUAUCGCACUAUCUGUGUUCGAGACGCUAUUGAGGAUCUUCCUAGUAUCAGCAAUGGAGAAAAUCGCGAGCAAAUAAAGCAUCAAAAAGAUACGACGUCUCAUUUUCAGAAAAGAAUGCGGAAAAAUGAAGCUUUUAUUACUGAUCAUGUUUGCAAAAAAAUGUCCUUGCUUGUUGAAGCUCGGAUUUCAAAGAUUCCAAGCACUGCCGGUGCAGAUUGGCGUGAUUUGCCUAAUAUUGUUGUGGAACUGGCCGAUGGAACUAGUACCAAAAAAUUGGAGUAUCGGUAUGAAGAUUCAACUGGAAAAUUGAGGGGAGUUUGUGCUUGCGCUGCGGGAAAAACGUGUGAUUUAAAAGAUAGGCAGGAAAACACACUGAUUCCCUGGUGCUUACCUCAUACUGGGCACCGGCAUAAUGGAUGGGCUGGUACUUAUGGUCGCUUGGAUUGGAAUGGAUUUUUUGGAACGACUAUUACUAAUCCUGAACCUUUGGGGAAACAGGGCAGAGUAUUACAUCCAGAAGAAAAUCGCGUAGUAAGCGUCCGUGAAUGUGCGAGAUCACAAGGCUUUAAGGAUAAUUAUAUCUUCCAUGGAUCUGUUAUUGAUAAAUACCGGCAAAUUGGUAAUGCAGUGCCUCCGUUACUUGCUCAAGCAAUUGGUCUAGAGAUAAAAAAAGUGUUAUAAAUUGUCAAAUUAUUUUUAUUGUUAUUAAUUUAAGUAGGAAAA